AGGGCAGCUUAUAGGUCUCACAUGUCUCAACAUAUGAGAACCCACACAGGUGAGAAACCCUACAAGUGUCACCAUUGUGACUAUGCUGCUGCACAGCAAGGAAGUCUGGCCUAUCAUAUAGCAACAAAACACACCGGUGAGAAACCCUACAUGUGUGAGGAGUGCGGGUAUAGGGCAACAAAAAUGUUUGACUUAUCAAGGCAUAUGAGAACUCAUACCGGAGAAAAACCUUACAAGUGUGACCAGUGUGACUAUUCUGCUGCACAGAAAGGCAACUUGGACCAGCACAUAGCAGCAAAACACAGUGAGAAACCCUACAUAUGUCGGAAGUGUGGGUACCGGACAGCUUUUAAGUCACAUUUAUCCCAACAUAUGAGAACCCAUACAGGAGAAAAACCAUAUAAGUGUGACCAGUGCGACUAUUCUGCAGCACAGAAAUCUGCUUUGCACAGACAUCUAGCAAAACACACGGAUGAAGGACGCCACGUGUGUGACGUGUGCGGGACAAGACACCUUACAGACCAACGUUAUCUCAACACAUGAGAACCCACACAGGAGAAAAACCCUACAAGUGUGACCACUGUGACUUUUCUUCAGCGCGGAAAGAUGAUUUGAAGAAACAUGUAGCAAACCACACCGGGGAAAAACCCUACAAGUGUGACCAGUGUGACUAUUCUGCUGCAGAUAAGUCUACUUUGGUCAAACACAUACGAAAACAUACCGGUGAGAAACCCUACAUGUGUGGGGAGUGUGGGUUCAGAACAGCUUAUAGGUCUACCUUAUCCCGACACAUGAGAACCCACACAGGGGAAAGACGUUACAAGUGUGAUCAGUGUGACUAUUGUGCAGCACGGAAAUACGAUUUGGACAAACAUCUAGCAACACACACUGGUGAGAAACCCUUCAUGUGUGGGGAGUGCGGGUACAGGACAGCUCGAAAGUCCACCUUAUACAAACAUAUGAGAACGCAUUCAGGGGAAAAACCCUUCACGUGUGACCGGUGCGACUAUUCUGCUGCACAGAAAUGUACUUUGGACCGACACCUAAUGACACACACAGGUGAGAAACCCUACAUGUGUGGGGAGUGUGGUCAUAGGACAGCCGAAAAGUCUGACUUAGCCCGACAUAUGAGGACGCAUACAGGUGAAAAACCCUAAAGUGUGACUUUUCCGCCGCAGAGAAGUCAACUUUGGACAGGCAUCUAACAAAGCACACCGGUGAGAAAUUCUUCAUGUGUGAGAACAGCAACUUGACGGUCUAAUUUAGCCCAACACAUGAGAACACACACAGGAGAAAAACCUUAUGACGUCAAACUAACACUACACUGCGGCUAGGAAAUCUCAUCUCCUGAAACAUUUGACAAGACAUACCAAAGAACCUACAUCUACGUGUGUGACAAAUGUUCAGCAUACAACGUUUUUGCCUUUUUAAACGUGAACGGUCAUUUAGAGAAACAAAUCGCAUCCAGGGGUGAAAACAUUAUCUGUUGUCAGUCUAUACCAGGGCCCGAUAACUACUGUGUAGAAAGGAAAUUUACAUUAGAGGCAGUUAUGUUCAGAUAGCCUGGUUAGAUUUAUAGGAAA